AUGGCGUCUCAUGUUUUCUCCGCAGGCCAAUCUCUUUCUGGGAACCAGACAAUUACCUCUCCAAGUGGCAUUUUUGAGCUGGGUUUCUUCACACCAGGUAACUCUCAAAACUAUUAUAUUGGGAUAUGGUACAAAAAACUACCCCCGAAAACAGUAGUUUGGGUGGCAAACAGAAACCAACCUGUUUCUGAUACAUCGUCUUCAACAUUGCAACUCUUCCAAAAUGGAAACUUAACCCUACUGGUCCAAUUCAAAACUGAAAUUUGGUCAACUCAUUCUAUGUCAACGGUUUCUCAUUCCACCGUAGCAAUGCUACUUGACAAUGGGAACUUUGUCAUAACAUAUGCAUUUAAUUCAUCUGUUGUUAUAUGGCAGAGUUUUGAUCACCCAACUAAUACUUGGCUUCCAGGAGGGAAGCUUGGACAUAAUAGGCUUACGAAAGAAAAACUAAGUCUUACUCCAUGGAGAAACCCACAAAAUCCAGCACCUGGCCUCUUUCCUAUCUGGGCAGGUACAUUAAAAGAUGGACAAGAAAUAGCUGUGAAAAGGCUCUCAAAACAUUCUAGACAAGGACUCAAUGAGUUGAAGAACAAGGGAAUCCUCUAUCUUCAUCAUGUAGGUCUUUUAGGUGUGCAGCAUAACCCGGCAGAUAGGCCGAGCAUGCCAGUUGCAGUUGUAAUGUUGAGUGGUGAAGGGUCAUUGCCUCAACCUCAAAAACCUGGUUUUUAUAGUGAAAGGGAUCUCAAUGAACUGGAAGUUGAUCCUUCCUCUAAAGCAUUUUUAGCUAAUGCAGUCACAGUCCUUUUACACUAUUAG